UAAAGUGAUUUGAUAUAAACAGCCUGCCACAUGAUUCAAGGGGUGAAUUCGAUAGCACGGACCCAGUGGCUCCGACACUUCUCGGCUUGUUCCGCUGAAACCGUCACUGGAACGUAUGUCUAUAAUUAGAGAGGGAGAAAAACAAGCCUAAAAUGAGGUCACGAAGAGGGAGCUCUCAGCAGGUUAAUGUGUACAAGCCACGACAUUAUUCAUUGGAGUUACCAAACCACGUGCAUGUACAAUUGUCAGUGUGCUAGUGAAUACAUUGGACAUAUAAAACGAAGCGUUGUACAAACUUUCAGUGGGCGCUAGAAGUUUAUAUAACAGUCCCUACUGACCACGAUGACCGUUUGACCGCUGCCGCAUCAAAACUCAUUGGACAUGUGAAAUAUCCCCACCCAGUGUUUGAUAUCAGUGAACUCUUAGACCGUUCGGGAUAAGACGCUCAAAGGGUUUAAAUCUUCUCUCUGACCCCUGACACUUAAUCACGGACAGUGUCCAUUGAAGCACCACAUGUGGAGUUGACCGUCUACAGGACACAUACAACAUGGAUGGUGAAAGAAAAUACAGCUAUCAAACUGGCGAGAAAAGUACCUUCGGUACCAUUGACUAUGUGUUGUUCGGUGGAUUACUGUUGGUGUCAGCGAGUAUUGGUUUGUUUUAUGCCAUUAAGGACAGGAACAGGCACACAACGAAAGAUUUCCUCCUUGCUGGAGGGAACAUGCACGUUAUGCCAGUUGCCCUGUCCUUGCUGGCCAGCUUCAUGUCCGCCAUCACCAUCCUCGGGACGCCAUCCGAAAUGUACAAGUACGGCACCAUGUACGGCUGGAUAGGAUUGUCGUACCUGUUUGCAGUGUUCCUGUCAGCUCAUAUCUACAUCCCCAUCUUUUACAGAAUUGGCAUCACAAGUUCCUAUGAGUAUCUGGAGUUCAGGUUUGGUCAAGUGGCCAGAUUGGCCGGAGCCAUGACGUAUAUUGUACAAAUGACAAUCUACAUGGCCUGCGUGCUGUACGCCCCCUCACUGGCCUUGAACGCAGUGACAGACUUCGAUCUCUGGGGUUCGAUCUGGGCUGUGGGGCUUGUCUGCACCUUCUACACGUCCAUUGGUGGUAUGAAGGCGGUGCUGUGGACGGACACGUUCCAGACGUUCAUGAUGAUUAUUGGUCUUCUAGCUGUGCUCAUACAGGGUUCCAUAGAGAUUGGCGGCUUCGCCAGGGCCUGGGAGAUCGCCUACAACAACUCCAGAGUGGAGUUCCUGGAAUUCAGCCCUGACCCCAGCGUCCGGCACAGCGUCUGGUCCUUGGUCAUCGGAGGCACCUUCCUGUGGACUUUUGUGUACGGUGUCAACCAAGCCCAGGUGCAGAGGGCAGUGGCCUGUCCUACCCUCAGGAAGGCGCAGCUUGCCUACUGGAUCAACUGCCCGGGUCUCGCAAUCAUCCUCUACCUCACCGCUAUGAUCGGCAUCGUCAUCUACGGCUUCUACAGCAGGUGUGACCCACUCAGCCUCGGACUCAUAUCGGCCGGUGAUCAGCUCCUGCCGCUGUUUGUGAUGGACGUCCUGGGAAAUAUACCUGGAAUUCCUGGCUUGUUUCUCGCCUGCAUGUUCAGUGGAGCACUUAGCACCAUCUCCUCAGGCCUCAACUCCAUCUCAGCCGUCAUCCUGACCGACAUCGUCAGGAAGUACUGCUGUACCAGGAUCAGUGAAAAGAAGGCUACAAUCAUCUCCAAGAUUCUCGCCCUGGUGAUCGGGUUUGCUGCUAUCGGUCUGACAUACGUGGCCGCAAUGCUUGGUGGAAUUCUAGAGGCAGCCCUGGCGUUGUAUGGGAUUCUGGGAGGACCCUUACUUGGGGCGUUCACUUUGGGGAUGCUCUUCCCAUGGGCCAAUCAGAUCGGCGCCGUUGCUGGGAUCAUCACAAGUCUUGUGCUAAUGUUCUGGAUCAGCGUGGGCUACCAGGUCUACAAACCUGUAGUAGCAACUUUGGCUCCGAUCAGCAUGGUGGACUGCAACUUUAACAUCACUGGUGUUGCAGCGACAGCAACAACAACUAUGACGACAUUGACAGGAAAUGCAUCGUCGGUCUUUUCCAACGUUACUGCAGAGCCUGAGAGCAACCCCCUGCUGGGACUGUAUACGUUGUCGUACAUGUGGUAUACAGCCACUGCCGUCGCCACUGUCGUCAUAGUUGGGCUCAUUGUCAGCUUCAUAACAGGAGCAACGAAACCUGAAACUCUAGAUCCACGGUUGAUGAGCCCAUUCUUCGAUAUAGUGUUCCCAUACCUCCCUGAGAAGAUCCUCAAACCGCUUAGAUUUGGAGUCAGAUAUGAGAAAAUGUUCCAGGGAGCGAGAGACACUACAAGACGAGCGUCCACGAGAUCGGAGGUGAACCCCCAUCUACAGAGCGAGAAGGAGAAGGAGGCUGGGGUGGUGGGCGGGGCAGUAAAUGGUGUGGAUGCAGAAAAGGGUGUGUCGAAUCCCGGCGCAAGUACCAACGUCGGAGACGAGGGUGGGGCCUCCGUGUCUACCAGACUUUGAUGCUGAUGCUGUGGAUUAAAUGAGUGUUUACACAGGCGAACGUUCAGGUGCCCACAAUACGUUGUAGAACUAUUUGAACUGGCGAGUAAUAGAUAUCAACAGCCUACCGAAGUAUCCUAGACGGUGAAAUUGAAUGUUUUAAAGAACAAUCUCCCCUACUAUAGAACUAUUCAGGACUUAAUAUGUGAAGAAAUGAAAUACUUUGAUAUAGGAUGUGAGAAACUGUGUUACCAAGGUGACAGUGAA